AUGGAAGGAAGUAGAAGUCAACUCUGAAGCUUAAUAGAACAAAUUACAAGCCAAAUUUAUGAGCUGCAGCAGCAAGAUGGAGAAUCUGCACAAGAGCUUGGAGAGCUUGCGGAUAAACUAGAGCGGCUUUUGGUUUUGCAUAAAAAAUAUAAUGAGAUGGAAAAAGAUUCAAAUAUAAGAUUACUUGCACUUAUGAGAGAAAGGAACUUAUAUCUAGAAAAAAGUAGGAAAAUUGAAAAUUUAGGACAAAGAACGAACUGGAACGACCCACUUUUGCAAAGAGUCCUUAAGAUUCUUUAUCAAAAUGCGGAUGAAAACUAA